AUGGAAGCUAUUGCCAUUCGCUUUGGGAUUUUCUCUUGUCUUUUAAUUAAUGUACACACUGUCAACGAUCCAGAUGUCUCCGAGUUGGCCAAAAUAGCCGAAGAAGCUUUAAGCAAUAAAUCCAUAAAUGUUUGUGAUGAAACAAAUACCAACAAUUCGUUUAUUUACUGUUAUGGAAGAUUAUUGGCAGCAGUCAAUGUACACAAUUUAUUCCAGGACUCGAAGUAUUUCGUGGAUAUGCCAAUGAAAUUUGACCCUGAAGUAAUACAAGAAGAAUUUGAUAGACGUUUUGGUGAAUAUGAGCUUCAAGCCAUUAAUCGUUCUGCAUUGAAAGCAUUCGUUGACGAAUAUUUCGAUCUACCCGGAAACGAAUUAGAAGACUGUCAAUUAGAAGAAUGGAUUGAGCAUCCAUCGAAACUAAUGAAGAUUCAAGAUACACUGCUACGUGAUUGGGCGCUAAAACUUAAUGCAAUUUGGAAAUUAUUAUGUCGAAAAAUAAAAUCAAAUGGAAAUCCAAAGCGAACUUCAUUAAUUUAUGUCCCAGAGGAAUUCAUUGUACCUGGUGGACGAUUUCGUGAGUUCUAUUACUGGGACGCUUAUUGGAUUGUGAAAGGUUUGGCAGCUAGUGGACUUCACAAUACAAUCAAGAAAAUGAUUACCAAUUUUGUUACUAUCGUCGAUAGAUAUGGAUUUAUCCCAAACGGAGGUCGGAUCUAUUACCUUGGACGGUCUCAACCACCACUGCUCAUCCCUAUGGUUUAUGAGUAUUAUGAGCUGACACAUGAUCUUGCAUUCAUAAAUAAAAUUUUGCCGACUCUCAUCAAAGAGUACGAAUUUUGGCAAAACAACAGAGUUAUCAAUGUGUCAGAUGAUAAAGGCAACACAUUUUCGGUUUUUUAUUACCACAGUAAAUGUAAUGUACCACGACCAGAAUCAUUUCGUGCAGAUAUUAUACAUGCUUCACUGCUCCUAGCUCACGAACGACCAAAAUUUUAUAUGGAUAUAGCAUCAGCUGCAGAAUCAGGAUGGGACUUCAGUUCUCGAUGGUUCAGAGAUAAUCACAACAUUGAAACUAUCGAAACAACCGAUAUUAUCCCAAUUGAUUUAAAUGCUUUCAUAUGUUGGAAUCUGGAUAUUUUGCAGUAUUUACUUAAGCAUACAGGAAAUCCUUCGAAAUCAAAAAUGUUUCGUGAUAAACGAGAAAUUCUCCGUCAAGCAAUGCUUCAAAUAUUUUACAACAAUACUGAAGGUGCCUGGUUCGAUUACAAUUUGCGAACUAAAUCUCACAAUUCCAACUUUUAUCCAUCAAUUGUGGUACCAUUGUUCGGCGAAUGCUAUCAGCCGUUGAACCUGGCCCGACCACAACAAAUCGUCAACUAUUUGAAUAAAACAGGAGUAUACAACUAUCCAGGUGGUAUACCAGCAAGCCUUAUUGAAAAUACCAAACAGCAGUGGGAUUUUCCAAAUGGUUGGAGUCCUGCAAACCAUAUGAUUAUUGAAGGAAUGAGAAAGUCUAGCAAUCCGGUUGUACAAGAACAGGCAUAUCGUUUGGCAAGGAAAUGGAUUUUGGGCAAUUUCAAAGUGUUUCGGGAAACGGGUUAUAUGUGGGAAAAGUAUGAUGUCAAUGGGACUGUAUCACAACCAGGUGGUGGCGGGGAAUAUUUUGUUCAGGAUGGCUUUGGCUGGUCGAAUGGGGUUAUUUUAGAUCUGUUAACAACGUACUAUGACAGAAUGCGCAUUAAUCCGGAAGAUUUAGUGCUGAAUAACAAUGGUUCUGCAACACUUUCAGCAUCUGCACGAAUAAGCUCUAAAUCCACCAUUUCUCUUAUUUCAAUAUUUUAUACGUAUUUACUAAUGCGCUGA